CGGACACAAACGGCUGAUUUCAGUUGCCAAAUUGGUCGACCAUGAUGAUGGCGACACCCCCAAAAGUUCACGAUCCCUUAUACAAUUUUGAGACUCAUUUUCCAGAAAAGUUUUCACGUCUCCACCUCCAUGGUGAAUCUUCCGGAUCAUUUAAACGAACAAAGCGAAAGCCUAGAACUGCUUCUCGAUACAAAACACAGCCAAUAACAUUUGAUGAGAUACAGGAAGUGGAUGAACCUCCACCGGCUGAGGAGCAAAAAACGCCAGCAGAUAAUCUUAAAACUUUUCACCAACCGUUUUCUCGAUCUAUUGAUGGGUUACUGCCCAAAGUGCUCGGUCCUCGUGUCGAAUCGGGAUUAUCAAAAGAAGCCCCUGCCUGCGUUAUGAAGCGAAUGAGUCCUUUAAGGCUUCCAGGAAGCGGUAGUUUCAAAGCCAAAUCACCAAUACCAGAAUUAGAAGAAAGGCUAAAGGGAGAAGACUCGGUUUCUCCUUCAUCGGAAAAAUCUCCAGGUUUCAAACAGGAGAAAAGUCCGACAACCUUAUCGCCGGGUAAUACUACCAGUCCUCAAAAGUCACCGACUCCGUCACCAAAUAUGGCUCCCCGCAGGCAAAAAGUCACCGCUAAAGCGAAAAAGAGGCAAAAGGCCGAUGGAAAAGACAGAGAAGCCACAUAAAACAAGUUCAGAUGAUUUAACUAAUGAAUCUCACAAAACGUUUAUUAAGCGCUAUUUUAUUAUAUGCGUCCUUGUGUGCCUGCCAGGGCCCUGUGCCUAAAUAUUUUUUACAUUUAUAUGGAUAUGAAUUUUAUUGUGGAUUAAGUUCUUCGACAGAAUAGAGAGGAUAAUAUUUUUACGUUGUUCAGUUUGUGUUCUGUAAGCUUCAAUAGAAGUUUAGUUUUGCUAUUUUUAUUAUGAAUAUUAUCAAUAUUUACAUUGCUGUGUGUAGAGUGCUGAUAAAUGAUUCAUAAUGUGUAGGUUACAGGCGUAUAUAUUUAUUUCAAACCUGGUUGAACUAUUCGGAAGUUGAAUAUGCCAAUUUGAAUCAUUUCUUGUGAACACUUUAUACAUUUGGUUUAAAUAUCCAAAUGUUGCUAACGUGUGGAUUCAGAAAAUGUUAGAUUGCCCGAAUCUCUAACCUAGUUAUGAGAUUUUUGCCCGAAAAACUUGCUUUCGGGGGCUGCUUUGGCUCGGUCUCUGAUUAUCAAAAGUAUUUAUUUUCAACUUACACGUAGAUUGAUGAGGUCAACUCGUGAUUCGAAGAACAUAAUGGCAGAAUGUUUUUUUUUUUCAGUGUCAUUGUCAUUGCAUCUGGCGAUUGAUCAGAUUCUCUCAAGCGUUGUCAGUGGGGAGCAGUCGUUGUAAACCCCGUCGCAAAAUUGGCACAGAGUGGCGUAGAAAUUAUCGCUGUAUCUGCAGUGAUUAUUUUUGCUUGUCUGUAAUUUUUUGUGUGUGCAUUAAUCAGAUAAAACAAAGCUGUCUUCCGUCACCUUGGGUCUGUCUUACCCCUGAGAACCUAUUUUAUGAACAAUCUAGGACUUUAGGUCCUGUGCUAGGUAGAUUUAUUUAUUUAAAGGGCGUGGCACGAGUUUUCUGUCAAUUCAUGGUCAAUCAUAGUAUGCAAAAUUGAUUCAAAUCCGCAAAAUUUCACUACACAAUACUCUAUGCUGUGGUUUCGAUCUAGAAGUCUUUUUAAAUAUUCAUGGUUGUCACAUAAUAUGAUUUCGACUUGUGGAUUCCAGAUCAUGUGAUCUGAAAAUCGUUAAGACCACAAAUGGUUUUAGACAUUGCAUCGUUUAGAAGCAGAGGGGCGGGGGUUAGAAUAAGACUGUUGCUAGAAGAUAAAUAACCUCGAUAGCUCGAUGGAGUUUAUAAAACAAUGUUUGGAGUCUGAAAAUAUGGAUGUGGCAAACUUUUCGGGGCGGGGGCUUUGCAACUGUUGGCUACUAGGAAAAUCUGAUCAAUCGCUGAAUUUGUUGAUAUAUUGCUACCUGAUGCCAUCGGAUUUGCAGUUGUUCGCAAUCUUUAAUUUUCGAAAUAAGCUCGGACGCUGUGAAUUAUCAGCCCCAAGUCAUAAACAAUCAAGUAUGUCCGACUCUUUAACCAUCCUGUGUAUAUUUUACUUAUUACUAUUGUGCAAUAUUAUAUUUGGGUUCUUGUAAAUCUUAGUUGUUAUUGUCAAAAUGUAAAUAAAUUUAUUUAACUACUAAA